AUGGAGGGAAUAUUGCAGCAACUUGGCUUAGCUAAUCUUUUAAGUCGGUUUGUAGACGAAAGGGUGGAUGAAAAAAUUGUUCUAAGUUCGACAGAUAGUGAGCUUUCUCGCCUAGGUAUCUCAACUAUCGGUGAUCGAGUUCGAUUACGCGAAUUGUGCAAACAAUCCGUACAAGCUGGGCAAGGGCAACGUCCGCAAGGAGCCUCGACAUCUGCAGCGACAGCCUCUCAUGAAGUUCGCGAGUUAUUUCACAGUAACAGAAGACGAAGUAAAAGGGGAACAAAACAAGCGAAAAAAAGAACUUGGACUGCUCAAGUGGUUUGUUUGGCAGAUAGAUUAGCUUACAAAGUUCCUACCGCAUCCGAAAAACAAAUUUUGUUCAAGGCUGGUCUUGGCUUAAAAAGAAUAAAAUUUGACGUUGACGAUAACGAAGAAGCCGUGGUUAAGAAAAUGACUGCGAGUGAGACUGAAGACGGCUCUGCCUCUGCCGAAGUUCUUGGGUUCCCUCAACUUCAAAACUGUGGUGGUUUCGAGCUGAUGCGUUGUGUUGCAAAUUGCAGGGAACUUGUUGUUAUUGAUGGAUCUUGGGCUGUAAAAGAAUUGAAGGCUAAUGGUGGUCCUCAGGCAAAAAUCUAUGUGAGGCCAAUCCAAAAAAGUCUUUCCACAAAGCCACUUGCUGCUGAGAAAACCUCCCAAGUCAAAGAAAAAUGUAUUAGCUGUGACAAAGAAUUCUUUGUACAUGAGUUGCGAAAGCACAGCUUUGUUUGUGUGGACAUGUUUAACACCAGUGAGGGAAGUGAAGGGGAAAGCGAUUUAGGGGUUUUAUCCACACUUAAUGAAAUGCCAGACCCAAGUGUGAACUCGGUGGUUCAGGUUGAACCUUCAAGCUCAUCGUCCUCUGCACCAGCACCCAGUAAUGAUACACCUUAUACAACAGCCACCAACAUCUUGACAUCUACAGAUUCUACUCCUGGCAAUAGUGCUUCAGCUCCUAUUGUUGUUCAUCCAGAUGAAAGUGACCUGGAUACACAAGAAAAGAUAGCUGAUCAUAUUGUUGCAGAAUUAGUCCAGUACUGUUCUGCUAAUGAUAUAUCAAAUCCUGUAGAAAUCCUAUCCUGCUAUCAGUCCAUGUUUGUUCAAGGUAGAGCAUUGGAAAUCAAAGACCCAUCAGUUUGCGAAGAAGGUGUCACAAAUGUCAUUUUUGUCGAUUGUGGAAAUGUAUUGGACACUGGAUUUGAUGAAAUUGACCAAAUCCAAAACUUGCGAACAACAUUAGAAGUUGAAUUCUAUGGUGAGGUACAGUAAGCAAAGAUUUUUAAAUGUGCAUAUUUGUGUCUGUCUGUUUGUUUACUUGUCUGUUUGUUUACUUGUUUGUUUGCUUACUUGUUUGUUUGUUUACUUGUCUGUUUGUUUACUUGUCUGUUUGUUUACUUGUUUGUUUGUUUACUUGUUUGUUUGUUUACUUGUCUGUUUGUUUACUUGUUUGUUUGUUUGUUUAAUUGUUUGUUUGUUUGUGCAUGUGUAUUAAUUUAUUAUACAAUUAUGUGUAUUUAUACAGUUUGUGAAGGCUUGCUCUAUUAUCUUCAUAUUCUUUAUUAUUUAGGGUGCCAAAGACUAUGGAGGACCUCGAAAAGAGUUUUUUCUUAUGAUUAUGAAUGCAAUCAAGGAGAAGUACUUUGAUAAAGGACUAAGACAGCACCUCUUUUAUAAAUAUGAAACAGUUGGAAAGAUAAUGGGUAAGGAAAAUGGUUGA